ACAUACAUUAACAUGGACUGAAUGUGUAUAAAGAUAUAGGUCUUUACCAAAACCAUUUUAAAUACCAUAUGGUAGUCAUGUGUAACUGUGUAGUUCUUGUCGGUGUCACCUCAAUAUUGUUGUAUCUGGUAGCUCUUAUACAUGCAGAUUGCCAGAUAGAUCCUUUUGACGGUAAAGCACCAUUAGUUCUCACAGCAAAAGAUUCAUCAAUAGUAUACCCAAACUCCGGAGAAACAACAUUAGACUUCCGUAACGGAGAGAUUGUUACCUUUGCUUGCUCUGGAAACAAUAUUUUCCUCAGCGGAUUAAUGCACCAAACAACAGUGGAGGGGAGGUGUUUGGCAAAUUCACAGUUUGAUGUUUUUGGAAAACGAUAUUCCUGGACCGAUAUAGCCUGUAGCUCCAAUCCUAGAGCUACGAUAAGGAAGACAAAUUCUCACUGCGCUAGAGAUGCAACAAUGGUGGUAGUAGGUUAUGAUUUAGGAAAUGGCAACUUUGCAUCUAUUAUCGACAUUUGCUUUAACACAUCAUCUCAAAUAGCACUUUAUUCUCGUUACGAUAUAACAUCAUCCAUACAAUCAAACGAUGAAACCUUUAGCAGACCAGCAUUUUUUGAAGAUAGCAACCUGUACAAUAUAAAAGGUCGCGUUGAUACAUACUAUAAACAAAAUCGUCAAAGGACUACUAUAAACAAUUUGCUAGGAUUAUCACCUACAUCAUCAAAGUACAUAAGUAGUGGGGAUUUAUUUUUAUCUAGAGGACAUCUAGCUGCCAAAACUGAUUUUCUUUAUGGAUUUCAACAGGAUGCUACUUUUAGGUAUAUAAAUGUAGCACCACAAUGGCAAAGUUUCAAUGGUGGAAACUGGAAUCGAGUUGAAAGGAGUUGCAGAAACUAUGCAGAUAGAAGAAAAGCCAACUUACAAAUCUGGACUGGCACUUACGGUAUAGCCACAUUGCCGCAUGAGUUCACCCAAAAACCAACAGAAUUAUAUUUGUAUGUUAAUGGAAGGACAAAGGCACUACCCGUUCCAGCACUUUACUGGAAAAUCGUUUAUAACCCAUCCAACUUCAGAUGUGUGGUACUUAUUGGAUUAAACAAUCCAUUUGAAGAUAAUGUUUCAAGAUAUAUAAUUUGUAGGGACAUAUCUAAUAGCUUAAAUUGGAUAAGUUGGCAAAAGAAUGACCAUAAAAAGGGAUACUCGUAUGCCUGUACAUGCAAUGAUUUUAAAAGUAGAGUUGACUAUGCACCUUCUCUAAAAGUGUCUGGAAUAUUAAACUGAUAGGGGUUACUCUAGAACGAGUUACUCUAGAAAGAAGGUAUUAGCUUAAAUAUUACAAAGAUUUUUUAGCUAUGUAGGGUUAAAUUAAAAUAUACAUUGCUAUGCAAAAUCCCCUUGUAUUUUUUGAACGGUUAUACUCAUAAUAUUAAAAUUUUGAGGGAGAAAUAAACGGACGAAGUCUUCUCAACCAUAGCGACAGAUGACGUUGACUUUGACCGAUAUUUUUAAAUGGUACCUUAUGGCAAGUGAUACCUGUUAUUCAAUAUUCUGGUACUGUUAUUCAAUGGAAUCUAAUAUUCAACUAUAAUUAUUAUUUUUGUUAGGGUUGCUGAAAUGAAUAUACGCUGUCUUCAAGGGACGCCGACUUCCCAAAUUCAUAAAAGUUAAUUAUCGAUACAAAGAACUCUUGCGUAAGUAUGGGUAUCAUAUUCCAUAUGACUGUGGGAAUUGUGGUUUAAUAUUUUUGGUAUUCAGGCUGUUUAAGAUGUUCAAUAUUUUGUAGAUAAAACAUCUCUUAAUUUCUUUGUAUGUAUUAUUGUAAUAAUUCGGUUCGAUUAAAAUAAAAAUAGUUUAUAUCCUUAUUAUUUGCACCUUUCAUUAUCUUUUAUUAUAUUUCUAAUGGGACCAGUAUCGUAUUAGCUCACCUGAAAGAUAACUAAAAGUGUACAGUCGCGAAAACUAUUCGUGUUAACCGAAAUAAUGGUGGAAAGUGCGAAGUAUAACGAUAACGUCGAAAAGUUAACGGUCAGAACUAUGAGUCAUGGAGUUAUUUAGUGAAAAUCUUGCUCAUCAAUGCUGAUAUAUAGGAAAUAGUUUCGAAGGAGUUACCAUCAGAAGCAGACCGAAGCAGUUCCUGGAAAAAAACAAAAUGAUAAGGCUUUGUCAACUAUAGCCUUACUUGUCGACGUUAACGUUAGUAACCAGUUAGUACAUAUCCGGAAUUAAAUAGGGAAUUCGUGCGCGAUGCAUGGGAAUUGCCGAGGGAGUAUCAUCAAAAAUUAAGUUUAUCUAGCAUGUGGUUUUUAUUAAAGAAAAUCUAUCGCUGGAGGAGAAUGGCGAUAUGGAAGCGCACAUCAGAUUAUUCUUGGAAUCAUUGAAUAAAUUGGCCGCCUUAGGGGUAGAAAUUAAGGACAGAUUCGCAGCAGGGAUUUUGGUAGGAAGUCUUCCAGACUCAUACAGUUUUUUUGUUACAGCGCUGGAAAGUAGGCCAUCGAAUGAGUUUUCUCUGGAAUUCGUAACGAGUAAGUUAAUCGAUGAGUACAGGAGACAUCAGGGAGCUUUAGGAAGAAAUCAGUAGGAGUCAGUGAUGAAAUCAGUGUAAAAGAGUAACAAAAACAAUGGUACUGCAAGUACAGAAGCAAAGCAGUGUUAUUUUUGUAACAGGAAAGGUCAUUUUAAACGAGAUUGUUUGUAGUACACAGCGCUGAAAAAGAAAAAGUCCAAUAAAGUCACUAAAGGUAAUACUAAUGAUACACAUGUUUUAUGGUCAAUUAUAGCUCAAGGGACGGAAAAAGGGAUUCUGCUUUUUGGUUUGUGGAUUCGGGAGCUUCGAGUCACAUGACUAUUUAUAAAGGAUUAUAUACCCAAUUUGACGGUAGCAGAAAGGAGUUGUAAAUUCUCUGAGAUUCAGGGUAUAGGGACAAGACUCAUUGAGUGUGUGACUAGAUCGGGGCUGGAAAAUUUAAAUAUCGACAAUGUGUUUUAUGUGCCGGGAUUCGACUCAAAUCUGCUUGCGGUGAAAAAGCUAACAAGUGCAGGACAUAAUGUGCAGUUUAAGGGCUUCACCCGACUCAUACAAUCUUUUAACUGUGGACCAUGGACUGAGUGUUUUCGAGCACUCCAGCACCUGUCAACAUAGAUGGCAUAGACGGCUUGGACACAGGGGCAUGGAUGCAGUCAAACACUUAAUGGAAAAGAACAUUGCAGUCGGGAUUGAUAUCAAAGACUGUAGGAUUAGGGAAAUUUGUGAAUUCUGUAUGAAAGGCAAAAUUUUACGUAAGAGUUUUCCGAAAUUUUCUCAAAGGAAUACAUCUGAUAUUCUUUACUUAAUACAUACGGAUGUUUGCAGUCCCAUGAAGACUGUUACUCCAGAGAGUAAACGUUACAUUUUUACUGUAAUUGAUAAUUUUUCUAGAUGUACAACUAUACAGGGUGUCCCGAAAAGAUUGGUCAUAAAUUAUACCACAGAUUCAGGGGUCAAAACUAGGUUGAUUGAACCUCACUUACCUAUAUACAAUAGUGCACACAAAAAAAGUUACAGAGCUUUGAAGUUACAAAAUGAAAAUCGAUUUUUUUUCAUAUAUCGAAAACUCUUAGAGAUUUUUUAUUGAAAAUAGACAUGUGGCACUCUUAUGGUAGCAACAUCUUAAAAAAAAAUUAAAGUGAAAUUUGUUCACCCCAUAAAAAUUUUAUGGGGGCUUAAUUCCUUUAAACCCCCCCAAACUUUUUUGUACGGUCCAAUUAAAUUAUUAUUGUGGCACUAUUAGUUAAACACAAUAUUUUUAAAACUUUUUUGCCUCUUAGUACUUUUUCGAUAAGCCAGUGUUUAUCGAGAUAUUUUGAAUAUUUGUCGAUUCCACCACAUAUUUGUAUAUGGUUAAGUACGAUUGUAGCGACCUGUUAAUAAUCUGAAAAUUUAUUAUAAUUUACAUCUUUAGGUAUAUUUUGAAAAAGAAGCCAUAUCUCGAUAAAAGGUGACUUAUUAAAAAAAGACUAAGUGACAAAAAAGUUUUAAAAAUACUGUAUUUAACUAAUGGUAACACAAUAAUAGUUUAUUUAGAACGUACACAACACUUGGGGGGGUUUAAAGGAACAAAACCCCCUUAAAAUUUUUAUGUAAACAUAUUAAAAAAGAAGCCGCAUCUCGAUAAAAACUGGCUUAUCGACAAAAUACUAAAAGGCAAAAAAGUUUUAAAAAUGUUGUGUUUAACUAAUGGUACCACAAUAAUGAAUUAAUUGGAACGUACACCAAAGUUUG